UUAUUUAGGGUUUAAGACGUAAAACCCAGAAUCCGUUCGAUUCGAAGAAGAACGAAAAUGGCGAAUUCAAUGGCUACGGUUUCGAGAAGACUCUACCGAUCUCUUCUCUGUAACCCCAGAUUCUCUCAGGCUUCCAUGCCCUUCAGCACCAACAACAUCUCCGACUUAUCAGACACUGAAUCGCCCCUUGAAACGAAGGCUUCAGAUCCAAACCAUCGAGAGGAACGCGUGAUGGAGGAGCGUCCACUCGAGAACGGCCUUGACUCUGGCGUUUUCAAGGCGAUAUUGGUGGGGCAAGUGGGGCAGCUUCCUCUGCAGAAGAAGCUCAAGAGUGGUAGAACUGUCACUCUCUUCUCUGUAGGCACCGGUGGCAUCAGGAACAACCGGAGACCGAUGAUCAACGAAGACCCGAGAGAGUAUGCGAACCGCUCUGCUGUGCAGUGGCACCGUGUCUCUGUUUACCCUGAGCGUUUGGCUGAUCUUGUCUUGAAGAACGUUGAACCCGGCACUGUUGUCUACUUGGAGGGUAAUCUUGAGACGAAGAUAUUCACUGAUCCAGUUACUGGUUUGGUUCGACGUAUUAGAGAAGUCGCUAUUCGUAGAAACGGCAGAGUUGUGUUUCUAGGAAAAGCCGGUGAUAUGCAGCAGCCAAGUUCUGUUGAGCUUAGAGGCGUUGGCUACUACUGAUUCGGUAUUCUAGUUUUCUCUUCUUGUAACUUGAGGGUGUGUUCAGUGUUCUUUAUAUUGCCACUUGGUCCUUUUACUAUUUUGUGGCAAAUAAACCAAACUAAAUCCAACAAAUUCAUUUUUAGUUA